UAAACAGAAGAGAGAUUUUUAUGCACAAUGAUAAGAAUGGAUACUUUUAAUUUCAUCCUUUGUAUAUCAGCGGUGAUCUACUCGACUUACGGAGAUGAUACAGGAUCAACUUUAGAAACCAAAACUCAGAAUAAAAUUGUUGACCAUCACAAUGCUCUCAGAAGAAGUGUUGAUCCCACGGCAAGUGACAUGAAAAAAAUGGUCUGGUGUGACCCUGCUGCCUUAAAUGCUUACAAUUUUGCAACCCAAUGUUCAAUGUAUCACAGUUUAGUCGAAGAGAGACAUAUAAAAGAGCCUAUUGAUGUCGUAUGUGGAGAAAACAUCUACAUGUCGACUGCAAAGUCUGAUUGGAGCACAGUGAUCGAUUCGUGGUAUAAUGAAAGAUCGGAUUUUGCCUAUGGGAAGGGAAAAAUAUCAGAUAAACCGAUUGGCCAUUAUACUCAGGUCGUCUGGGCCAAAAGUUAUUUAUUGGGAUGUGCCUAUAAUUUUUGCAAGGAGAACAAGUAUCCACAUGUGUUUGUCUGCCAUUAUGGCCCCAUGGGAAAUAUGGAUGAAAGUGUUCCGAGACCAUAUGAAGAAGGAGAAUGGUGUGCCUCCUGCCCAGAAUCUUGUGAUGAUAAAUUAUGCGACUGGAAACCUAAAGAAUAAUGAUGGAAGAAGGAGACUUAACGGGGAAUCCUUGUUGGGCUUCAUUAAAUAAUUAGCUUGUACUUUUAGAAACAUUGAGAUUUUGGUUUCAAUACCCCAGAUAUGGCCCUUGGUGUAAUACUCUGCUGUUACUAUCUUCUUGCCUUAUUACCAGAUGCUGCUUCAUGAUACUUUAUGUUCCCCGAACCAAUACAAAUGCUUGUGUUUUAUUAGAUCUCUGGCUACGAUUGGAUUUCUAGUGUUUCAGGGGAAAAAAACCAAAAUGAUUCCUUCUGAAGGGAAAUAAAACCCUUUCCAGCACUUUCUUGUGUUUUUCUUUCUUUUUUUAUUAUUUUCUAACCAUGAAAUAGAUUUAGUCUGAGGAACAAGUACAGUAUAGUACUGUUUGUAUA